UCUGUCAACAUGGCUAUGGUAUCAGAAUUUCUGAAACAGGCAUGGUUCAUGGAAAAUCAGGAACAGGAAUGUAUUAAAAGUUCAAAAGGUGGCCCUGGAGUACAGUCAUAUCCUAACUUUGAUCCGUCAGCUGAUGUUGUUGCUUUGGACAAAGCUAUUACUGUAAAGGGUGUAGAUGAAGCCACCAUCAUUGACAUCUUGACUAAAAGAACAAAUGCUCAGCGUCAGCAGAUCAAAGCUGCCUAUCAGCAGGCUAAAGGAAAGAGUCUGGAAGAAGCCUUGAAAAAAGUUCUGAAAAGCCACCUGGAAGAUGUGGUUGUGGCUCUUCUUAAAACUCCAGCUCAAUUUGAUGCUGAAGAGUUAAGAGCUUCUAUGAAGGGGCUUGGAACUGAUGAAGAUACCUUAAUUGAGAUUCUGGUCUCAAGAAACAACAGAGAGAUCAGAGAAGCCAGCAGAUACUACAAAGAAGUGCUGAAGAGAGACCUGACACAAGAUAUUAUCUCUGAUACAUCUGGAGACUUUCAGAAGGCUUUGGUUGCUCUAGCCAAGGCUGACCGAUGUGAAGAUUCUUAUGUGAAUGAUGAGCUUGCUGACAAUGAUGCCAGGGCCUUGUAUGAAGCAGGAGAGAGAAGGAAAGGAACAGAUAUUAAUGUUUUUGUUACUGUUCUUACUACAAGAAGCUACCAACAUCUCCGAAGGGUCUUUCAGAAGUACACCAAAUAUAGCAAGCAUGACAUGAAUAAGGUACUGGAUUUGGAACUGAAAGGUGAUAUUGAAAACUGCCUGACUGCCCUUGUGAAGUGUGCCACAAGCAAGCCAGCUUUCUUUGCUGAAAAACUCCACUUGGCUAUGAAGGGCUCUGGGACGCGGCAUAAAAACCUCAUCAGAAUCAUGGUUUCACGCCAUGAAGUGGAUAUGAAUGAGAUCAAAGGUUAUUACAAAAAGCUCUAUGGCAUUUCUCUCCGCCAAGCCAUUAUGGAUGAACUCAAAGGGGAUUAUGAAAACAUCCUGGUGGCUUUAUGUGGAAGUGAUAACUAAGUUUCAUGUUCCUGCAAUACACUCAAGCCCUGUUGCUGGGGGUGUUUAUAGUUGCCUCAGCUAUCUAUAAGAAUACAGGCUUUACACAGUGAGCAGUACUUAAUCUAUAUGUGUUACCUAGAAAACCUAUAACUCAGACUGUAUUUUUUUAGUAUCUUUAUUCUGAAUGGCAUUAAUAUCUCUUGCUGCCUUCAUUUAUCCAAAGUCAAAAGAAUUCCUCCAAGGUUCUAUUUGCUUGAAUAAUAGUGAAAAAGAUAACGUUUUCAUCUAUGCAAAGCAAAUAAAUUUUUAAAAAUAAAAUU